UAAUACGUCGAUGAUCACAUUCUGAUAAUUAAUAAACGUUUAUUUUCCAAGGUGUCACGUCGCUAAGCGUUGUUUUACGGACAAUUGUUUUGCAAAUAUGGUCUUGAAAUUUGCCAGUAACCUAUCUUUUAUGUUCACGGAGGCUCCCAAUAUUGUGGACAGAUAUCAGCUGGCCAAGCAAGCUGGUUUUAAAGCGGUCGAAAGCGGAUUCCCUUUUGGCUUUUCCGUUCAGCAAGUUGCUGAAGCCAAGAAGAAGGCAAAUGUCGAUCAAAUAUUAUUAAACGUGUUUACAGGUGAUGUCACAAAGGGAGAACUGGGCUUUGCUGCAAUCCCGGGUGAGGAAGAGAACUUCAAGAAAAGCAUUGAGAAAACUAUAGAAUAUGCAAAAUCUCUGGAUUGUAAAAUGAUUCAUGUAAUGUCUGGAAAAGUGGAAACACCCACGGCUGCCAAUGACGUGGCUUAUGAAAAUAAUUUGUUGUACGCUGUUGAAAAGUGCAAAAAGGAAGAUAUUGUUGUCGUGAUCGAACCAAUUAAUAAUUACAGCGUGCCAAAUUAUUACAUGAAUAAUUUCCAAAAAGGUUUCAAUUUGGUAAAGAAGAUAAACAGUUCGCAUUUAAAAUUGCAACUGGAUAUUUUUCAUUUGCAACAUUGCUGUGGCAACAUUACAAAAAGCGUACAAGAAUUUUUACCUUAUGUGGGUCACAUUCAAAUAGCUCAAGUGCCUGAUAGACACGAGCCAGAUACAUCAGGAGAAAUUGAUUACAAAUAUGUCCUCUCAUUGUUAGAAACGGCUGGCUACGCUGGAUAUAUUGGUUUGGAAUAUCGGCCGAAAUCGUCAACAACAGAAGGAUUGAAUUGGAUUAAAAAAUACGGUUACAGUCUGUAAACAAAUAUUUAUAUAUGUAUAUAUGUUGACAGCAUAUAAACCUUAUAUAUGAAGUUUCAGUAUUUUUAUACACAUCUUAAGCAAGCGAUAUACAGUUUUGCAUUUAUUACAAUUAUUUUAUAAUAUUUGCGUCUUACAUGUAUAAACAUGUUUGUUUUUGAUCAAUAAACAAAUAAAACGGAAGAAUUUCUUUAGUUAACAAUAUUGCAUCAAUCAUUUCAAUGAACAAAUUGCGAAAAGUAAACUUUUUUUUUAGAUGAACAGAAUUAUAUGAGAAAUAUAUGCACGUUUAACUCCGACUGUUAACACUUUUUACAUGUAUAUCGUACUGACCACACAAACGCACAAAUAUUGCUUAUAUACUCCGUGAAUAGUUUGUAAGAACGAAUAUAUAAGAGCUACAUGGCAAUCCAACAAACUUUAUAUAGGUUCUAUGCAAAAUUCUCAUAAAGAUAAAAACAACUAA